CACGCGUAUUCACGGUAGUCGUCAGAUCGAAACCGUGCAGACGAACGAUUCGUUUCCUCGUUGGAUUACUCAUCGCGGUUCUUUUCAUUUUUAUCAUUUCUUCUUCUUUAUUGCCCUGCGGAAGUGACACCCUCCUCUCCCGCUGGUCCUAUUCCGGAACAAUGGGAAGACAACGCGAGAUGGUACCGUACCUCUUGUUGAAUCUUCUCCUAGUUCUCGUUUCACUAAUUAGCUUGACCAAUGCCGGCGGACACGGUGGCGAUCAUAAGCACGUGAUAAUUCACGUGCCAUACCAAAUCAAGACCAUCAAGCACACGCACACAAUAACGAAACACAUACACCACGGCGGUGGCGGCGAAGACAAGUACGAAGUACUCGGAUAUACUGUGGGUCAUCCGAAUGAGCUCGGAGGGCACGGAGGCGGUGGCGGCGGCGGCGGUGGUUUCGGGGAUGGUGGCCACGAUUUCGGCGGAGGUCACGAAAGCAGCGGCGGGGGCGGUGGCGGUUUCGGUGGUCACGAUUUUGGCGAGGGACACUUCGGCGGUAGUAUCGGAGGAGAUUUAGGAGGUGGCGGUGGUCACGGUUUCGGAGGUGGUGGCGGCGGUGGAUUCGGAGGCGGAGGUCAUGAAGGCUGGUCGAGUCGUUAGGAAGAUUCUUUCAUAUUAUUGUUACUUUUGAAAAAAACUAGAAUUAUCUUUGAAGUAAUCGACACAAUAAUCCUUGAAAAUUUACGGAAAAAUUUAUCUCCCUGAAAACGAGCACAUGUAAGAUACAUAUAUUAUUCGUAUAUGUUCCGUUAUAGAGUGAUAUGCUUUCUGAUUAUCGAACUAAUGUUAACGAUGAUAUAGAAUGGCGCUAUAACGUCUGUACAUUUAUGAUACAUUUGCAAUGCACUUUCAUUUCAGUUAUCUUUGAGCGAAAAGCAUUCGUGAAAAUAUGCUUCGUAGAGUGAAUGCGGUUUUAUAUACAUGGCACUUCUCCGUGUAUCGGUAACGAAUGAUUUGAUUUCAUGUUUUUACACUGCAUGAUGCAAUGUGAAAUCGCAAAUAGAACCGAGACAUGCUGAUCAAAAUUGUAAUUGAUACGUUUCGGUGAGUGCCGUUCGAGCUUUCGAUUUAAAAAAAAAUCCAAAUAUGUUUUCUUCUUUUAUAUUUCUAGUCUGACUCUUGUUAAAUCUUCAACACGUUCUUUCAGCACAGUUUGUACAUAUCAUAAAUAAUAAUACUAAUAUAAUAACAAUAAUAUAAUAAUAAUGUUGUUAUUUCUUAUGUUAUCUUUGUAUUGUAUUGUUUUUAUAUCUGUAUUGUUUUUUGUUAAACAUAAUAAAUAAAUUAUGUAUGUUUUUACAACA